AAAUACAUUUGACAUGCCAAUAAGUGAUAAAAAAUGGAAGUACUCAUCUACUGAAGACAUACCAUUGGCUGAGACCGUGACAAAUCGUAACGAUGGUAACAUACAUGACAGAUCCAGUUACCCUUAUGAAGACAGAAACGAAAACAAACGUUCAUUCUCUGUACUGCUCAAGUCUCUAUUUCUUGUUUUUGUAUCUAUUUUUUUUGCUACCGCUAUUUUGCUCGUAUUGUUAAAUGCGGAUGGAAAGCCUUUGGAUUACACCCUUGCCAAGAUGAAGAUAACUUCGCUUAUCUCGCUACUUUUAAACCUAUACGCAAUUUUCACUGGGAGUGGAAUAGCAAUGGCAAUAUCCGAGUACAAGUGGAUUAAGCUUAGAAACGGCGCUCCACUCACUGUAGCAGACAUCUAUGAUGGCUGCACGAGAGGCAUGGGAGGUUUUCUUACUGCAAUUAGGGGUGCCUUUAUCGAUAUUGUCUUAAUUUUUGCGCUCGUCUUUAACCUUGGUCUUUUGGUAUUGUCACCUGUGUCACAAGAACUGAUUGUACCGGUUUCACUAAAACGCAAUCUAACCAGCAUUGUUGAUUCACAUCUUUACUACAAUGAGCCAUUUUACGUGAAUGAUCGAACCAAUCUAUCAUCACUUCCAAUUCCUCCAACACUCAACGGCCUGACAUAUGAUAACUAUUUGAUUCCAAUGAGCUUUGCUAAUGUUGCUAGACAUGCACCAUUCAAUGGAGCUUAUACCUGUCCAUCCUACGCUGAUUAUUGUGUAUUCAGGAAUAAGAGCUUCGUCUCGACCUCGCUUGACUGCACCCCAGUAACAGAUCAAGAACCAAUUGUUAAUCAAUCCAACUACAAAGAAUUAACAACACCAGCAAGAUAUUACACUGAAAUUGAACAAAAUAAGACACUCGUUAAUGUUCCAAAAUUUUUUUAUGCAGGAGAAAUGCUUAAUCGCACAUUCCAUGAUCUGCAAAACUAUAAACCUCCACUAGCACCUGGAGGAUUUAUUACUUUAGGCCUUCUUUACUCAGACUAUGAUCCUCAAUAUAGACCAUAUGUAGGCAAUCAAACAUUUGUUUUGGCCUAUCCAAAGACUAGGUGUUGCUCUGCUUUAACCGAAAUUGGUGAUAUAUCAUAUGCUCGAUGUACAUUCCGCUCAAGCCUCAACACGACUGACUGGAAGACAUCAAAUGGUACACUCGUAAAACAUGGGCAGGAAACCUCAGUUCCAAUCACCUUUGAUUUUGAUCAUGUACUUGGUAACAACACAGCGCUUUUUCAGGCCACUAAGGAUGCCGACAACACUACGCGUAGCAUAGGAGUUAUGAUAAACGCAUAUCUUAUGCAGCAAGCUCUCUUGAAAGAAUUCAUUUCUCCCCAAUACCGCCCAUUCAUUCAAUAUUUGCGUGUAUGGAACAUGAACUAUCCUACUACAAUAACCAUGUUCGACUAUCUAAAGCCUGCUAUGCAAAUGUUUGACUUGAAUUAUGCAAUUGCUCCUUAUGUCACGGGCGGUUACUUUACACAAACCACGACGGAAGGACUGAUAUUCGCAACUGAUCCACCUGUAUAUUCCACCAACAAGAUAUAUUGUUAUAUCUUGUUCGCACUGAUGUUCUUACCAGUAGUAUGGUGGCUGAUUGUGUGGUCGAUUGGUAUCAAGCAUUCGAAUGGCAGAGGAAAUUCCCAGAUUAGUUUGAUGACUAUGGAGAUGACACCACUGGCCUCUCAGAGCUUGCGAAACAUCUCCAAUAUGAGUAGCAGUGAAGCAUUCAAAAGGGCGAAAAGUAUACGUGUAAAAAUAGGAAACCAUGCAACAGAAGAUAAGAAGCGCCUUGUGCUUAAAUUGGAAGACGAACAUGGCAUAGCUCAUUAACAAAGCUGAUACAAGACAAGCACAGCAUACAUAUAUUUUCAAUAUUUGACUACACUACAACUACCCUAUUACAUUACGUCCUGGAUAAAGCCAAAUAAAAAC